CUGGUUUAAGAAAGGGGAAAAAAAAAAAGUGUGGGAAGGGUGCUCAUUUUCAUUGAGAAGAAGAAACUGAAAACUCUAGAGGUUAUACAAGCAGGAAGCGUUAUUUAUUUAUUUAUUAUUUACUUAUUUUAUAAGCCAUGGAGCCAGCAAAUGAUCACUAAGUCCCAAGUGGGUGUUGCAUGUUCAGUGGGAGGCUGGACUGUGUGAUACUUAGGUCUCUCCUUCACCACUGGCUCCAAGACUCCAGCCCAGCGAUGCCUCUUGCCCUCUGGGAGAGACACUUCUGGUUGUGGGGACCGCUGUUGUGGCUCAGCAUUGGAAGCUCAGGGAAUGUACCUCCUACCACCCAGCCAAAGUGCACUGACUUCCAGAAUGCCAACCUCCUCAGAGGCACCAACCUCAAGGUCCAGUUUCUCCUCUUUACCCCUUCAGACCCCAGCUGUGGGCAGCUAGUAGAAGAAAACAGUGACAUCCAAAACUCUGAGUUCAACAUCAGUCUGGGAACCAAACUAAUUAUUCAUGGAUUCAGGGCAUUAGGAACAAAGCCUUCCUGGAUCGACAAGUUCAUUCACACUCUCCUGCGGGCAACAGAUGCCAAUGUGAUUGCAGUGGACUGGGUUUAUGGCUCUACAGGUGUCUACCUCUUUGCUGUGGAGAACGUGGUCAAGUUGAGCCUGGAGAUCUCCCGUUUCCUCAGCAAACUUUUGGAGCUGGGUGUGUCGGAGUCCUCAAUCCACAUCAUCGGUGUUAGUCUAGGAGCUCAUGUUGGAGGCAUGGUGGGGCAAUUCUACAAAGGCCAGUUGGGACGGAUCACAGGGCUAGAUCCUGCUGGACCAGAGUACACCAGAGCCAGCCUGGAGGAACGCUUGGAUGCUGGAGAUGCCCUCUUUGUAGAAGCCAUCCACACAGACACUGACUAUUUGGGUAUCCGGAUUCCUGUGGGACAUGUGGACUACUUUGUCAAUGGAGGUCAAGACCAGCCCGGAUGUCCCACAUUUUUCCAUGCAGGUUACAGUUACCUGAUCUGCGAUCACAUGAGGGCUGUCCAUCUCUACAUCAGUGCUCUGGAGAACACCUGCCCACUGAUGGCCUUUCCCUGCGCCAGCUACAAGGCCUUCUUGGCUGGAGACUGUCUGGAUUGUUUUAACCCAUUCCUGCUCUCCUGUCCAAGGAUUGGGCUGGUGGAACAAGGUGGUGUCAAGAUUGAGCCGCUCCCCAAGGAAGUGAGAGUGUAUCUCCUGACUACGUCCAGGGCCCCGUACUGUGUGCAUCACAGCCUCGUGGAGUUUAAUUUGAAGGAGAAGAGGAAAAAGGAUACCAUCAUCGAGGUCACCUUCCUUAGCAACAAUAUUACCUCCUCAGUCAAGAUCACCAUACCUAGACAGCAACUUGAAGGGAGAGGAGUCAUUGCCCACCCCAACCCCCAGUGCCAGACAAACCAAGUAAAGCUCAAGUUCCAAGUUCCCAGCAGGGUUUGGAAAAAAGACAGGACUACCAUUACUGGGACUUUCUGUACUGCCCCUCUGCCAGUCAAUGACAGUAAGAAGACAGUCUGCAUACCCGAGCCAGUGAGUCUGCAAGCAAGCAUGCCUGUUUUUCAGGACCUGAAAAUAGCCUGUGUGUAGACCAAGCUGACAUAGAG